AUCCAGCUGGUGUCGCUGUCGCACUUCUAAACAAGUUGUUUAGACGGAGGUUGUUUUUAGUAGCAGCAUUGAAAGCAGCAACAGAGUCAUGUCAGUCAGCAGCAGGUUAAUGAUGAGAGCCAUCCGUGUGAGUGAGUUUGGAGCUCCGUCAGUCCUCAGACCGUGUUCCGAUGUCCCUGUCCCGCAGCCUGGACCAGGACAGGUGUUGAUCCGCGUCCACGCCUGCGGUGUGAACCCUGUGGAAACUUACAUCCGCGCUGGGACUUACGGUCGCACUCCUGCGCUGCCGUACACACCGGGCACAGAUGUCGCCGGAGUGGUGGAGACUGUUGGACAAGGAGUGGCUGCAGUCAAGACAGGAGACCGUGUCUUCACCACAGCCACAGAGUCUGGUGGUUAUGCAGAGUUCACCGUAGCAGCAGACAACUGUGUUCACAAACUGCCUGAUGCUUUAGAUUAUGCACAAGGAGCAGCCAUCGGGAUCCCGUACUUUACUGCCUACAGAGCUCUGAUUCACAAAGCCCAUUCCAAGGCUGGAGAAACUGUCCUCAUACAUGGAGCCAGUGGAGGGGUGGGCGUGGCAGCGUGCCAGUUGUCCCGGGCUCUUGGUCUGCGGGUGUUGGGGACAGCAGGGACACCUGAGGGAAUGAAGCUGGUCCUGGACAACGGCGCUCACAUGGCCUUUAAUCACAGAGAAGAAGGAUACACGGAUAAAAUCAUGGAGGCCACAGAGGGCAAAGGUGUAGACGUGAUCGUGGAGAUGCUGUCAAACGUCAAUCUGAGCAAAGAUCUCCAGAUGCUGGCCUUUGGUGGACGUGUCAUGGUCGUUGGCUGCAGAGGCUCCAUUGAGAUCAACCCCAGAGACACCAUGUCUAAAGAGAGCAGCAUCGUGGGAGUGGUUCUUUUCUUUGCUACACCGGAGGAGAAGAAGGAGUGUGCAGCGUUUCUUUACGCAGGGAUGGAGGCCGGGUGGCUGCGUCCAGUCGUCGGCCCCCGGUACCCGCUCGACGAGGCCGCCCAGGCUCACCAUGACAUCAUCGAGUCACGCGGAGCUGCUGGGAAGAUCGUCCUGAGCAUGUGAAGCCGCGACACGUCGCAUGAGAAUCGCAUGAGAGAUUUUAUCUGUGUUUUUGAAACAAUCACUCUCACUAGAAUUGAGGUGGCGGUCAGUGUUGCGUUCUCCCUUCACUGGGUUGGAUCUGAUCUGUUUUGCUUUUCACACUUUUCAUGUGUUCAACAGCCAAAAUAAAUAAAUAUGUUCACUGAAUAAAGCAAACGACUACAAUGGUACAGUCCUUAACUGUAUAUCUUCACUUCUCUCUCACGUCUGUCUUCAGCUAUAAUCCGUCCUCUCAAUGAAGACUUGUAUACAAUCUAUAUUUUUAAAAAGAGAUAAAUAUUCUUAUAUGCUGGGAGAAGACGUGAAAAAGCAAAGUGUUGGGCAAAAGGGAGUUACCUGAUGAUUCUCCUCAGAGCAGGGCGACAGUUAAGUAUUGUAAGUAUUUACUUGAUGAAUUGUUUUGGUCCAGGAAAUGGUCACGAAACAUGUUGGUUUCUCAAACAGAGGAACUGGUUUUACACAGUUUUACACAGCUGUAAAAUAAUCCAGCUGAUUAUUUGCUUUGAUUGUGAGAAUAGUUGAAUCAUCGCAGGCCUAUUUGUUGUUGUUUUCUCGUCACCAACGAGUGUGUUUACACAUUCAGUCCAUUGCUAAGAUGCAGGUUUUGUUUCUGCAGCGUUCACUGAGUCACUGUAAUUAUUAAAUAAUAAAAGCUCCAUCCUCA